AUGGCUACUUUGGCUACCGACAGCGUAAAUAAUGCUGGCAUGAUGAGCAAAUGCGACCAGAGCGUCUACACACUGACGGAGGCUGGCCUUGACAAAGAAAUGGAUGUGAACGUUAAGGCACCACUGUUCCUUUCAAGACUGGCAAUACCACAUCUGAAGGAAACAAAGGGAUGUAUCGUCAAUGUGUCAAGUAUAUAUUCUAAAGAAAUUACAAAUGAUUGCAUUGGAUAUCACAUGACCAAAGCGGCAACGGACAUGAUGACCAAAGUUCUCGCUAAAGAGCUGGUGACAUACGGAGUGCGUGUUAACUCUAUCAAGUAA